AUGUCCGAAGUUCAGAGUGCCGAAUCGUUGUUUUCUGGCUGGCGGCAAGCCUGCUUGAUCGUGGCCUCCUUCCUCGUGCAGGUGGUUGUCAUGGGACUGUUCUACUCCUAUGGCACGAUCUUUGCUGCACUGAAGGCAGACACGGGCGAUGCAGCCAGCACCCUUGCACUUGUGGGGUCGAUUCGGGACUUCGCGUUCCAAUUAAGCACUGCGCCAGCUGGAUUCCUGGUCCAUCGUGUCGGCUUCGUGCGGAUGGCUGCCAUUGGGACAGGUUUACUUCUGUUUGGCAUGCUUGCAGACAGCUACGCCCCAUCCAGCAAUUUCCUGUUCAUGAACUGUGGAUUGGUCGGCGGGGCCAUGGCCAUGAUCUUCACCGCAUCUGUGUCCGUCCUUUAUGGUCCAGGCCACAUCAGUCCGAGCUUUCUGCCUGUGGCUGUGGGUCUGGCUUCGUCCGGUGGAGGCCUAGGAACUGUCGUGGUUAGCCUGAGCCUCAACCUACUGCUGGACAGCUUCAGCUGGAGGGGUGCGCUUCGGAUUUGCUGCGGGGCUUUUGGCCUGCUGCUGUUUGUUUCCCUGGUGGCUCUGUGGUUCAGUCUUCGCCACCACAAGCAGACCAAAGAAUCCACCACCAACUGCCGAGAGUUGAAAAGCCACGGCGAUGUCCGAGAGUUCUUACAGCCUUUCAGAGACUUGCAAUUCUUGCUGCUCAACGCCGCUUUGUUACUUUAUGGCAUUGGCUUCAUGGUGCCCUACACGCACCUCGUGUACUAUGCUGAAACAGAGAGGGGCCUGGAAAUCUCAGGAGAGCUAACUUCACUUCUUGGUUUUUCAGGUGCAGCUGCUCGUCUUUGCUUCGGCCUUUUCUCUACAUGCGUGAAGCCUUCGAGGCUUUUGCUAGUCGUGCUGCUCGCGCAGGGAACAUCCUUAAUCUGUCUGCCCUUCUGCGACGAUGCCGCAGAACUGAGGGCCUUCUCUGCCAUUUAUGGCUUCUCGUCCGGAGGCCGUGUUGUUCUGUUGUCGCUGGUAGUGAACGAGCUUUUCGACUCACAGAGAGUAGCACACCUCUAUGGACUUGCUGGCAUUCCGAUUGCAGUCGGCACGCUUCUUGGGCCCACCUUCGUUGGCAAGGUGUAUGACCUCAGUGGCCACUAUGACGGCGCCUUCUUCGCGGCAGGUCGUUUCAACGCUUGGGUGGGGGCGGGGGGGGAGUACAGCCCUGCAGCAGAUGCUAUAGCGGCCGUGGAUGGAUUCACAGACACCAUCUCGGGGCAGCGGACGAUCGAGCUUUCGGAAGCUGCGCAGAUCUACCAGGCAGACCGCAUGCGCUUUCCAGUGCAAGAGUUCGCCCAGGCUCUUUUUGCCGUCGUCUACUUGUGUGCGAGAAGCGCCUGGACGUUUUCAGGUUGCAAGCCCUUUGCCGGCAUCAUGCCCGAAAUUCAGAAUGCAGGAUCGGUGCUUUCUGGCUUGCAGCAAGCCUGCUUGGUCGUGGCCUCCUUCCUCGUGCAGGUGGUGGUCGUGGGGCUCUUCUACUCCUACGGCACACUUUUCGCUGCACUGAAGGCAGACACAGGCGAUGCAGCCAGCACCCUGGCGCUUGUGGGUUCGAUUCGGGAUUUCGUCUUCGGCGCAGGGGCUGCGCCAGCAGGAUUCCUGGUCCCGCGUGUCGGCUUUGUGCGGAUGCCUGCAAUUGGGUCAGCCUUGCUUGUGCUCAGCAUGCUAGCAGACAGCUACGCCCCCUCCAGCUACUUCCUCUUCAUAACCUGUAGUUUUGUCGGUGGGGUGGCCAUGGCCAUGAUCUUCACCCCAGCCGUGACGGUCCUCUAUGGUCCGGGCCAUAUCACUCGAAGCUUUCUGCCUGUGGCUGUGGGUCUAGCUUCGUCCGGCGGAGGCCUAGGAACUGUCGUGGUAAACCUGGGACUCGGCGUACUGCUGGAGAGCUUCAGCUGGAGGGGGGCGCUUCGGAUUUGCUGUGGAGCCUUUGGCCUACUGCUGUUGGUAUCCGUGGUCGCUCUCUGGUGCGGUCUUCGUCGCCACGAGAAGACCGGAGAUUCCACCACCGACUAUCAAGAGCUGCGGAGCGGCAGCCAUGUCCGAGACUUCUUCCAGCCUUUCGGAGACUUUCAGUUCUUGCUGCUCAACGCCUCCUUGUUCCUCUAUUGCAUCGGCUACAUGGUGCCGUACACGCACCUGGUGUACUAUGCUGCAAACGAAAGGGGACUGGACAUUUCAGGCGAACUAACUUCACUGCUUGGCGGAGGCGGUGCAGCUGCUCGUUUGUGUUUCGGCCUUUUCUCUGCGUUUGUGAGGCCGGCAGCCACCAGACGACAGCAGUCACUAGGUGAGGGUGGCUAUGGAGAUCUUCCUGACCUAGGACACCUGUCACAAAAGGGUGUGGAAGCCAACCUCGACCAAGCUUCACAGAAGAUCUGCAAUCUGAGUCUGAGUUCAGUUCUUUCCAUGCCCUAA